AUGGCGCAGCUCGCGGUGCGGUCGCUGCUGCUGUCCUUGCUCCUGGUCUCGCUAGUUGUAGCGGCUUCAGCUGGAAUUGCUAAGCUCAACUCGUCGUCGCCCCUCUUCGGCAUCGAGUUCCCGCCGUUCAACACCGCCGUGGCCUGCGCGCUGUGCCUGGACUGCUUCGAGCAGCGUGGCCCGGUGUUCGACCCCGCCGCGUCCUCCUCCUACCGCAACGUCACCUGCGGCGACCAGCGAUGCGGCCUCGUGGCGCCGCCGCCAGAGGCCUCCUCGCCGAGGGCGUGCCGCCGCCCCGGGGAGGACCCCUGCCCGUACUACUACUGGUACGGGGACCAGUCCAACACCACCGGCGACCUGGCCCUGGAGUCCUUCAUGGUCAACCUCACGGCCCUGGGCGCAUCCCGCCGCGUGGACGGCGUGGUGUUCGGGUGCGGGCACCCGAACCGCGGCCUCUUACACGGGGCCGCGGGGCUGCUGGGCCUCGGCCGUGGCUCGCUGUCGUUCGCGUCCCAGCUCUGCGCUGUGUACGGGCACACCUUCUCGUACUGCCUGGUGAACCACGGCAGCGACGUCGGCAGCAAGGUGGUGUUCGGGGAAGACGCCCUGGUGCUGGCGGCGCAUCCGCAGCUCAAGUACUCGGCGUUCGCGGCCGCGUCGUCGCCGGCGGACACAUUCUAUUACGUGAAGCUCAAGGGCGUGCUGGUAGGCGGCGAGCUGCUGAACAUCAGCUCGGACACGUGGGAUGCGGGCAAGGACGGAUCCGGCGGCACGAUCAUCGACUCCGGCACGACGCUGAGCUACUUCGCGGAGCCAGCGUACCAGGUCGCGGACUUCCCGUUGCUGAACCCGUGCUACAACGUCUCUGGCGUGGAGCGACCGGAGGUGCCGGAGCUGUCGCUGUUGUUCGCCGACGGCGCCGUGUGGGACUUCCCCGCGGAGAACUACUUCAUCCGGCUGGACCCGGACGGCAUCAUGUGCCUGGCGGUCCUGGGCAACCCGCGCACCGGCAUGUCUAUCAUCGGCAACUUCCAGCAGCAGAACUUCCACGUCGUGUACGACCUGCAGAACAACCGGCUGGGCUUCACGCCGCGGCGGUGCGCCGAGGUGUAG